GUUUAGCCCGUACAUUUCUUCGCCCCCAUCACGGCGAGAAGAUUAAGACAGUCUAUCAGUUCAGUUUAACUGUGAUCUGAAAGUAGAAGAGAGAAGUCCUCGGGAUUCCUAAACCAGGUUGCGACCAAGUUUGCAAUCGUACCUCGAAUCAAUCGACACCGAGCGUAAACCCUAGAAUCAGAAAUACAAUGGGAAUUUAAAGAUUGCAAAAGUUGGGAAGAACAAUGGCGAAGCAUUCCGUGGCAAUGGCGAAGAAGCGGUGGCCGAUAAUUUUGGCAGCAUUUUUGUCCGUAUCGACGGUGACAGUGCUCUUAAUGAGAGCUACCAACUCCGAUUCCUGCAACGUCAAUAGUCUUAAUCUUGCACAGGAUAAACAGAUUCGUUCAUCCGUCCAAGUUGGAAAUGCAGCUUCGAGUCCCCUAAAUUUCAUGAAGUCGAAGCUAGUUCUCAUGGUAUCACAUGAGCUAUCUCUUUCAGGCGGGCCUUUAUUGAUGAUGGAGUUGGCGUUUCUGUUGAGAGGCGUUGGUUCUGAAGUUGUUUGGAUCACCAACCGUAAACCGGUGGAACCUGAUGAGGUCAUUUACAGUUUGGAAAAUAAAUUGUUGGACAGAGGAGUGCAGGUCUUCUCUGCCAAAGGUGAAAAGGCUAUAGAUACAGCUCUUAAAGCAGAUAUAGUCAUUCUAAACACGGCUGUGGCUGGGAAGUGGCUGGAUGCCGUUCUCAAGGAAAAAGUUGCACGGGUGCUUCCAAAGGUUUUAUGGUGGAUUCAUGAAAUGCGAGGGCAUUAUUUCGACGGGGAAUAUGUUAAGCACCUCCCUUUUGUUGCAGGUGCCAUGAUUGAUUCACAUACAACUGCAGAAUACUGGAAGAAUAGGACUAAGGAGCGUUUAAAGAUUAACAUGCCUGAAACCUUUGUUGUACAUCUUGGAAAUAGCAAGGAGCUUAUGGAAGUUGCAGAAGAUAGUGUAGCAAAGAGGGUUCUACGUGAGCAUGUUCGUGAAUCUCUUGGAGUGAGAAAUGAUGAUCUACUUUUUGCCAUCAUAAAUAGUGUUUCUCGUGGUAAAGGGCAGAAUCUAUUUCUUCAAGCCUUUUAUGAAAGUUUGCAACUUAUCCAGGAGAAGAAACUCCAGUUGCCAUCUUUGCAUGCUGUAGUAGUGGGGAGUGAUUUUAGUGGUCAGACAAAGUUUGAAAUGGAACUGCGCAAAUUUGUUAUUGAGAACAAGAUUCAGGACCGUGUUCACUUUGUGAACAAAACCUUGGCUGUGGCUCCUUACCUGGCUUCUAUUGAUGUUCUUGUUCAAAAUUCUCAGGGACGGGGAGAAUGUUUUGGAAGGAUAACCAUUGAAGCAAUGGCAUUUCGCCUGCCUGUACUGGGAACUGCAGCUGGAGGCACGAUGGAGAUUGUGGUGAAUGGGACAACCGGUUUGCUGCAUCCUGCUGGAAAAGAAGGCGUGACACCUCUGGCAAAGAACAUUGUGAAAUUGGCAACUCAUGUUGAGAAGAGGCUGACCAUGGGAAAAAAAGGAUAUGAGAGGGUGAAAGAGAGGUUUAUGGAGCAUCAUAUGUCACAGAGAAUUGCAUUGGUUCUGAAGGAAGUUUUACGGAAGGCUAAGCAAUAGACAUUAAAUUAACCCACGUUAGGUAAUUAUCUGUUAAAUUGUAUAUUGAUUCCACAGGAAAACGAGAUUGGUUCGGUUCGGUGAGAAUGAUUGUAUAUCCAAAUGUUCUUUAAUACCAUACGAAUGCGAGGAAGUCUCUUGCACUCUUUUGGACACGCACUCGUUCAUUGUUAGUUGAAAUCAAUGUAAAAUGGGUUGAAUGAA